GCCUGGGAGCCCGCGGAGCCGAUCGCAGCCAGUGGAGCGCUUGGGCGGCGGCGGCGCGCGCGAUGGCUCCCGCCGGGGACCGCGAGGGCUACUGGGGUCCAACGACCUCCACGCUGGACUGGUGCGAGGAGAACUACGCCGUGACCUGGUACAUCGCAGAGUUCUGGAAUACAGUGAGUAACCUGAUUAUGAUUUUACCUCCAAUUUUUGGUGCGAUGCAGAGUGUUAGAAGUGGACUGGAAAAGCGGUACAUUGCUUCCUAUUUAGCACUCACAGUGGUAGGAAUGGGAUCCUGGUGCUUCCACAUGACUCUGAAAUAUGAAAUGCAGCUAUUGGAUGAACUCCCAAUGAUCUACAGCUGUUGUAUAUUUGUAUACUGCAUGUUUGAAUGUUUUAAGACGAAGAACUCUGUAAACUACCAUCUGCUUUUUACCUUAGUUCUCUUCAGUUUAAUAGUAACCAUAGUUUACCUUAAGGUAAAGGAGCCUAUAUUCCAUCAGGUCAUGUAUGGAAUGUUGGUCUUCACUUUAGUGGUUCGAUCUAUUUAUAUUGUUACAUGGGUUUAUCCAUGGCUGAGAGGGCUGGGUUACACAUCCUUGGGUGUAUUUUUAUUAGGAUUUUUAUUAUGGAACAUAGAUAACAUCUUUUGUGAUUCACUGAGGAACUUUCGAAAGAAGCUACCACCUGUCAUAGGUGUUACCACACAGUUUCAUGCAUGGUGGCAUAUUUUAACUGGCCUUGGUUCUUAUCUUCACAUCCUUUUCAGUUUAUAUACAAGAACACUUUAUUUGAGAUACAGGCCAAAGGUGAAGUUUCUCUUCGGAAUCUGGCCAGUGAUCCUGUUUGAGCCUCUCAGGAAGCAGUGAUGAAUUGUUACACCAAGAAAAUAAAAUAGCACGUACCCUAGGCCUAGCCAAACAAACAAGGAAAUAAAGAUCUACAUGUUCAAACAGAUGUAUUAUGACCAUCACAGCAAAGGAGUGACUUUCUGACAUGCUGCCAGCCACACAGAGAAUGAGGAAUGGGAAUUGUUGGAUGUUUAGCUUGUGUCUUUAUCUCAUUUGUCUUCCCUCUCCUCACCCUCACCCUAAGAUGUUUAAAAAGAAACAGACAUGAUGUGUAUGUAUACCCGAAUGCUGAAAGUAUUGGGCUUCUCUUAACAGAUUAACAGUUUAUGCUGAUCAUAGGAAGUUAACUUUUUCUCUUUUUUGACAAGGCUUGCAUAUGAACUUUUCUUAAUAUUUGAUUAAAUAAUGAAAACAGUCAGCUAAGGACUGGCAAAACCCCAUACCCAGUUGGCUUGCUAUGGAGGCAGCACUUAGCUGAGUCAGCCUUGAUUUAUAUUUUUGUCAUUAUCUGCCUCUGUGCUGGUCAGAGUGUUCUGAGCAAGCUCAGACCUGCCUCUGGGUUCUGUACUUGCCACAUGCCAGGUUUAUGGUGGGCGCUGGAGUGUCUCUGUGUGGUCACAGCCCAGCAGAGUGGGUGGGUCAGUCAUCUUCUACCCUUUAUGAAGGCUGCCAGGACACCUGUAGAAUGUUCCACCUCCAGCCAGUUAAAGGUGGUUACUCUGUUUCCUUUGAUCUUUGAAGAUCUUUAAGUUAUCUGUUCUUAUGGCUAGGCAAACAUGAUUGUUGGACUGACCUACUUAUAUUUCAUCCUCCUAGAAUAACUUAUUUGAAGUGACCAGUAAAUGUUGUUGUACUCUGACUUUAAAAUUAUGCAAUAUUUUCCAGUUUUCAGAGAGUCAAUAGUUAUGCCCAGGGAAAUGUAUGGAGUUAACUAGAGCUAAAAUUAUCAGGAUCCUAUUUACAUAAAUCGUAUUAGAAUGCCUUCUCCUUCAUGUUUUUCAAAGGAAAUAGACAUAAGGGUUGAAAACAGCUCUAACUUACUUGAACUUGUAACAGAACUACCAAAAAUUAAAGUGCUAAGAUACGGCAGUGAAAUCUCAUUAGUGAAAUCUCAUUGUAAGGCAGCUAAUUCUGUUGGAGUUGAAUGUAUAACAAAUUGAGUCACUUGUCACAAACACAACACCUGCCUGGAGUAAAAACUUGAUAUGACCCCUUUGCUCAUAUAUCACCAUAUUUGUAGCUCUGUACAUUAGCAUUUUUACAACUUUUCUGUUCUUAUACAUUAUUAUAAAAUCCAUAUUGUUUUUAUUGCAUGGUAUCAUUACCCCAGAUUAAAUUCUAAGCUACAGCUUCCAAAGGAAAGUCAUUUUUAUCUUAUGCAAAGGUGUAAGACACUUCUGUUGUUUUUCUAUUCUUCAGUAAGAAACUUUGGUACUAAUUUAAAACCAAUACAAAUUUUGUUGUUUUUUUUCACCUGCUGACCUUAGUUUUAGUCCAAGUCCUAUUUUCCUUACUUUAACAUGCCAAUUGGCUGGUACUUCCACCUACUUUUAUGAUCCUCCAGCAAGAAAAACACUUCCCAAAAUAUAAAUCUAAAAGAACUUUGGUUGUGCCUUAGGAAAAUAGAAACUAAACAGAACCAACACAAGCCUGUAAGACUGUUCUUUCUUUUGCCUCCAGAUUCUGGAGUCUGGCUGCUUUUCAUGUGCAACUACCUAGGCUGUCAGCCAUCUGACAUUUUUUAAUAAGCCAUUUGUUUCACAUCAUUAUCUUGUUUGUGUCAGGAAGACACUGUGAGACUAAGGUUCUACAGUAUUAAGUUCAGAUUAAAUGUACAGAGAACAUACCCUGACACUGAGGUCCUUUUGAGCAGUUUGUUUUGUUGCAACCACAGCCACCUGUAAUUUCUUGUUGAAUAAAGUUGUCUGGGCAGCUUGGA